GCAUGUCCUUAAAAAAGUAUUAAGAAAAUCUUCAUUAUUCAUUAUUGAUAAUAUAGAGUUAUCUCCCCUGGUAGAACUCUUCUGAUCUAAAGCACACAUGUACACAGGAAGUAUACACAAAUGGGAGAAACUUUGCAGACGAUAUCAGUGAUCAACAGUCAGUGUUAAAACAAUAGUUAUGGUCUGUAAAUAACCAUGUCCUUCUGUAGCUUUAAAAGCUCACAGAUAUGUGAAUGUGUAGGUGAAAAUUCCCCACUGACUUCUUUGUCAUCAGAAUUGCAGUCCAUUGUUCUUACUGAGGCUGGUCUACUGCCAAGUGAUAUUACACAGAAGUUUCAAGUGUGUAGUGAACAUUUUCACAGGUUUUUGAAUAAAAACAAAGCAGGUUGCAAAUCAAAGAUAUGUGGAAUACCUGAUAUAAUUUCCUCUCACAACAAAGACAACAAAAUAUAUGGAGGAUGGUAUGGGGUAAAGGUAGACAGAAAUGUAUCUUUGGAAAAAGUGAAAGAGAUUCAUGCUAGAACAGGAAUCAUAGUUCCAGUUGGAACUCCAAUAUGUCCAAGAUGCAGAAAGACCCUUUAUUGUGGGCAAUCCACUUCAUGUAGCGUGGCUGAAAUUUGUGCAAAUACAAGUUGUUUGAUGAACAGCGACAACCUUAGUGAUACAUGUAGCUAUCAAUAUGAAGAACAGUAUAAUCUCAGACCUCAUCGACUUAAUAGUGGAUAUAAUUUUGCUGUACAUGCUUCCACAUCAUCAAGUCAGGAAACAACCAGUUAUGUUGAAACUGAAAGUUGCUGCAAUACUGAUAGUCAGGGUACAGAAGCAUCUGUUAUCAGAAUUGAUAGACUUGGAAAAUUCAAUGAAUUCUUGGAAACAUGUGACAUAAGCCCUGUAAAGUGUCUAACUGAAUCUUUAGAGAAGUCAAGUGAGAGAACAAAAAGAAGAUAUUUAUCAAAAGCUAAUACUUGUAUAACUGCUCUACUGAACACUAUUUGUCCUGAUGAUUCUGAGUUCAUCAAAAAAUCUCUUUUUGGAGAGCAAGAAAAUGACAAAAAUAAAACCACAAGCUCUUUGUUGGAUGCUAUUGUCAGCUCAUACAUGGUUGCAAACACCUCAACGUUGAGGAGACAGUUAUUAUCAAUAGCAACAAAUGAUUACAGUUUUGCAGAAGUCAGUGCCAGUAUACCAGGAUUAUCUCACUACAAGUUUUAUUCUGCUAAGAAACAUGCACAAAAUAUUGGUUUAGGUGUUCCUGCACAAACAUCAAAGAUUCCUCGUUCAAAAAUAAAUGAUGGACAGCUUGACCAUUUUUUAGACUUCAUUACUUCAAACCACUUGAUCAAAGAUUUACCAAUUGGAGAAAAAACAUUACAGCUUUCAACUGGAGAACUCAUUCAAACACCAAAUGUAAUCAGAAGUAUUGCCCCUGCAACAAUCAUCAGGCAGUAUACACAGCUCUGUGAGGAUGAAAACAUUCAGAGUUUAGGCACACGUACUAUGUACAAGAUUUUGACCGACUGCAGUGCCUCAGUCAGACAGUCUAUGGAGGGUCUUGACUCCUAUAUUUCUGAGGGAAGUCGAGCAUUUACAGAUCUCACAGAAACUGUAGAACAGUUAGAUUUAACCUUGGGUGAAAAGAAGAAAACACUGGAUAAUUUGGUGGUAGCAAAGCAUUACCUAAAAACAGAUUAUAAGCUACAUGUAAAUACAUCAUCAUCCAUAGCAGACCAUUGUUGUUCGUAUGCUUUGAGUGAAGAAAAAGGACCCUUCUGCCAAAAAUGUGAUAACCAUUCACAUACUGAUGAAUGCCAACAGUGUAGUUUUGUUGAUGAAACACUAUCUUUUAUUUCAAAGAGUGCAAUUGAAAGACACUGGGAUAAUCCUGAAGCUGUGCUCUUUAAGGUUGAAAAAGCAAUAGCUGAUAUCUAUGAAUGGAAGAGUCAUAUCCUUCGAUCAAAAAAUCAAGAAAAGGCAAGACAAGCUGUUGUGAACUGUCUUGGGGAAAAUGAGGCUUUCAUGGUAGCUGACUGGGCCAUGAAAUUUUUACCGCGAAAGUUUAGAGAGGGCCAGACAGAUUGGUUUGGAAAGAGAGGCAUUAAUUGGCACAUCACUGUUACUAUGUUAAAAUCAGAGGGAAGUGUGAAAUUUCUUACACAUGUGCAUAUAUUUGAACAACCAACCCCUCAAGAUGCAGCUACAACUGGAGCUAUUCUGGUCGAUGUGGUUCAAAAUAUUCCAUCUGUCAAAAAGGUCAACAUAUGGUCAGAUAAUGCCGGUUGCUACAAAAGUACAUUGACCAUUGCUACUUUACAUCAAGAGCUAGACAAGAAAAUAAAAUCCUACAUUUUUUGUGAGGCUCAGGAUGGGAAGGGCGCAUGUGACAGGAAGGCAUCCCAUAUCAAGUCGGCUAUAAAAAGAUAUGUAAACGAGGGCAAUAAUGUGACAACUGCACACCAAAUGAAACUGGCAAUUGAUUCGCAACAAAGAGGCCAGUACAUGGUGAAAGUGAUAAGUCCUGUUAUUAAUGCUGAUGAUGAUAAGGUCUCACUUAGAAGUAUUCCAUUGAUUUCUAUGCUCCAUAAUUUUAAGUUUACUGAUAAUGGAUUGCAAGUCUGGAGAGCUUAUGAUAUUGGUCAAGGAAAGUUGAUAUCAUGGAACAGCAUUAUUGAUAAGAAAAUUCCUGUGAUACAGCUUUUUGUUCAUCAUGAUUGGUCGUAUACCCAGUUUGCUACCGUGGGUUCAGUAGUUGUUGACAGAGAGGAUGAUGAUGGUGAUGAUGAUGAUGAGGAUGAUAAUGAAGAUGAAGAUACACAAAAUGAGAGUAAUGAUGAAGAUAAAAUUACAGAGCCAGUUCCUAAGAAGAGACGGACAAUAUCAAAAAUCUUUACUUGUCCUGAGGAAGGAUGUACACGUUCUUUUAAACAUUCAUCUUCACUAGAUCAACACAUCAUGUUGGGGAACUGUAAUGUGAAGGAAGAAAAACUUAGCCUGGCAGAUAGAACAAAGGUUUUAUAUGCUCAGAAGUUGGAAGAUGGGAAUUUAGGAGUGUCAUUUACCAAACAAUCUGACAACAACAACAAUGCUGCUACUGACAAACUAAACAAAGGAUGGGCAUUAAAAGUGAACAAACCAAAAACCAUUUUUACAUUAGACCAAAAGGCUUACUUGCAUGAAAAAUUUAUGAUUGGGAAAACAACUGGAAGAAAAGAGGACCCAUCAAAAGUAGCUGAGGAGAUGCGAUAUGUCUUAAAAAAUGGAGAAAACAGGUUCACUAGAUCUCAAUAUCUAACCUCACAACAAAUAGCUAGCUAUUUCUCAAGACUUGUGCAAAAAGAAAAGAAGAUCGAUGAAACAGAUUUAAUAGCUGCAACUGCAGACAGUAAAUGUUCUGUUUUGAAAAGGAAGGUUUUGAAAGAAUGUUCUCUAUAAUUUUAGAUUAAGAUGUUUAUCAGUGAAAUAUCUGUAUUUUAUAAGUCUUUUUAAAAUACUUGUUUGUUUUAAUAUUUAUAUUAACUGUAAAUUCAAAAAGUAAUAAAUGUAUUUAUUAUUGCAAAUCUCUGACCAGUGACAAACUUUUUUGUAUAGGAAAAUCGCCACUAAAAAUGUCAAUGCCAAUUUAGGUUAUUGCAAACCUGAUUCUUACAUUUUUCAAAUUUUUCGCAUUAAUAAAAACAUUCCAAUAAUUUUUUAAUUUUCAGUAUACCUUUUAUAACACCUAUGCAUAAAAACACAACAGACAGGGAAAGGGCACUGAAAGAUAAAAAAAACUAUUCACCCCAAAAUUUAUAUAUUUUUUCUCCCCACUACCACAAAUUUAAUGGAGAGACAUAUUGUUUUGGCUUAUUUGUCUGUCUGUCUCACAGUUUAUCAGUGCAACUCCUGUUGAACUAAAGAACUGAAUUUUAUGAUGAAACUUGGUAUGUAGUUGUGCAUGUUAACAGGAAAUUUUGAUAAGCUAAAUUUGUUGAAGUUAUGCCCUUUUGAACUUACUUUACCUCUGAAACUACUAAACGGAAGGAGACAUGUUUUUAGACGAAGACAAACUUUAAUUGAAGUUAUGUUUGUCAGUCCCUGAUGAAUCCAGAUGAUAACUUGAGAACCAAUAAAAAAAUGUGUAACAAUCUUAACACAGUGUUUUAAUCCUAUAAACAACAGAUCAAGUUCAGUUUUCAUCUAAAUCCAACAAAAAGUUUUAUGAUUUAUGCUAUUUUUAAGUUUAUGCCAUCUGACCCCCCCUCCCCCUUUUUUGGAAGGGUCCAGAUGACAACUGGAAAACAGAUAAACCUUUAAUUUAAAACUUUACACAGUGUUUCAGUACUAAAAAACAAAAGUCUCCUUCAAUUUUCAUUUAAAUUGAACAAAAAAUGUGAGAAUUAUGCUAUUUUCAAGUUUUCAAGUUUUGCACCCCCUUCUCCCCCCACCCUUUUAAAAGUUUCUUAAUGAAAACCUGAAAAAUUAAUUAACCUUUAUAAAAUGUGGCUGAGUAUCAUUAUUUUUGUUGAUUGUUUAGUGAAAUAUUUUGCCAAGAGACAAUAUAUUGCAAUUUGAAAUGAACUACCAUUUCCAUGGAAAUAUGCAUAUUUUGCAUUUUUUUGUCAUUUUUUAGGAUUUAUGUACAGAAAGGUCUUGAAAUUUCCCACAAUUUUUUUGGGGGGUUUAAAUCCAACUAUAUAUCAUCUACGUAUAUUACCAUUAGUUUAAUUUCAAAUCAGUGUGCAAAGGUAAAAAAAAUCUAUUCAAAAUAGGCUCCCAAAGGGAAUUUUCUUGAUUUGGUAAAAUGCCAAAAUUUGUAUAUAUAAAGUGCCGUUUUGAAUUAUGCAAAAUUAUUUUUAUGAAUAUUUUUUUAUAUGAUAAGAAACUUGAAAUACAGUAGUUUAAGAUAAAUAAAGCAUAUUCCACUGUAUUGUAAAUAUUAUACUAUAUUAUGUCAAUUAAAUUGGUCAGAAUUGCAGUUUUUGUGUUUUUUCUCAGGAGGCCAUUGUAUGAAAAAUAGGUAACACCGUUUCCAUAGCAACCCAUCAUUUUGGUAACUUUUUUUUAUUGAAAACAUUAAUGGUAAUGUAGUGUGACUACACACAAUAAGUUUAAAGAAAUUUGAAAAGGUAGUGUGGCCAGCCAGUAUUGACAUUGUUUGAUAAUUACA